GCCAACAGGCAGACCCCCGAAACAAACUUGACGGUGCCAUAUCCGACAUCAACCAUAUCACAAAAUGUCUCUCGUGCGCCCAUUCUCGCGGAUAGCUGCUCGCACCACCCCUUCAUGUCCAGCAUGUGUGCGCACAUUCACCUCGUCAACGCCGCGAGCCGAAGAGCCCAAGCCAGCUGAAGAAUCUAGACCGUCCACGCGACCACCCAUCUUCGCAGGCAUAUUGGAUACUUUGAAGGCCACGGCCAGGAACAAUCCAAGCGAAGGUUCGCGAGGCCUUCAGAAUUCGAGAUCACAGGAUUUGGGCGCCAGGAGAAGCAACUACCUGAGUCGCCAAUCGAACACCAUCAGGAGCAACUCAUCGCCAGAAGCUGUUGCACAGAGUCAAGAGACACAAGAAUUCCAAAGACAGAUGACGCGCAAGUGGAAGGAGGGAGAUGUCUACGCCCCUCAUGAUCUGAGCGGCGUUGAGAUGAGCAAGUGGAGCAAGGGACAGCAGAAGGGAAGGCCAAAGAAGGAUGUCUUCGACAUGCUGAAGAUCAACCCUAUGAACCAUUACUGGAACUUCUCGAUGAUGUCUGAAUACAUGACAGAGAUGGGCAAGAUCAAGCACUCGAAAGACACAGGAUUGAGGCCCGUCAACCAAAGGAAGGUGGCCAAAGCUGUCAGAAGAGCAAUUGGCCUUGGUUUAAUGCCUAGUGUGCACAGGCAUCCUGAGAUUCUACAACCUAGAGGCUCCCUGGGCCGAUAGAGAGGUCCAUAGAUAUUUGUACAACAUGUAACACUUUCAUCGCCUCUUUGCGACUGGCAUGGUCUAGGAAGCACUUUUGGCUAGUCCAAACGACUUGGUCAACAUUUGCACGGUUGUAGAAGUAAAAUGUUACGUCGGAGAACUAACUGAUUAACAAAACUUUCAGUUCAUGUGUCUGGUAUUCUUGGAAGCUAAAAGCUGAACAAUGC